AUGGCUAUCCCACCCGUUGUCGACCAGUUGGACAAAUUCCUCGACCUGACCAAUGAUGAGCACCAACUUUUCCGCCAAUUCAACUACAGCUACGUCUGGAACGCAGUAUUACUCAACUCAGGCAUCCCCAUCGACACAGGGAUCAACAUGAUCUCACCCAAAGCAGCCGUAGGCGUUCCAUCCGUGCCAUCAACGUACGCCUUCCUGCCCUCCGGUCUCGAAGGCGUGCACUCCGUCUUCGGCUCCGAUCACUUCCUAACCGACGAACAAGUCAAAUGCCGGAUCCUCGACGACGCGGUGACUGUUCGCUCUGUGCUUGAAUACAACGAUUCCCAAGGCCAAGAAACGAGGCUGGUUGACUUUCAUAAUGAUUCCCCGUUUCUGUUCACGGUGCCGCCAGACGCCGUUCGGGCUGGAUUCUUCGAUCGGCUGGAAAAACUGCUGGGUGCAUCGAGGACGUGGUGA